AUGUCUAUGAUUGUCAUAUGUGUCAAUCACCUUGCAGAGUUCCCGACCCGAGGCGACAUAUCCCUGGACGUGGCUGCUACGCCGUACGGAGCGGAAUACGACAUCAGCUACGAUGAGCUGAACGGGCCGUGCGCCGACUACCAGCCCGGCGAGGAUGACCUGCAGGCCUUCGACUUCAUCCGCAAGUUCCGGCUGGACGUCCUCGAGCAGAGCUACCCCGGCGUCACCAGCGUCCAGGGCUCCAACGAGAUGCAGAAGGCCUACCGUCUCCAGUCCAGCGCCAACCUUCAGAUUGCAACGAGAGAGAUCUUCCCGCUCGGCCUCCCGCAGGAGUUCUCGCUGAUCUGCACGUACCGCGCGCGGCGACCGCCCCGCAACCGCUGGGACAUCAUCCGCAUCAGCGAUCUGGAGGGGCGGCCGCAGUUCGCCAUCACGCUCAACCCCAAGACCAAGAAUGUCGAGUUCUCCAUCCUCUCCUUCGACGGAACCCUGCAGACGCUCGCCUUCGACUCGGCCAAGGCUGCCUUCGACGAGACAUGGCACAAGCUCCACUUCGGCGUGUUCCGGGACCGCGUGACGCUGUACCUCGACUGCGAGCGCACCACGGAGGUUCCCCUCGACCCCUUCGGCCCCAUCGACAUCAACGGUAACAUUUACAUUGCCAAGCAGCAGAACUCCGCCAGGACUGUGCCGAUCGAGCUGCAGUGGAUGGUGAUGAGCUGCGACCCCGCCCGCCCGGAGAGAGAAACCUGCGGGGAACUGCCGCCGGGCGUGCCCCAGUCAGGCGCAGAGUGUUCCGUGGUGUGUCCGAGAGGUCCUCCUGGCGUAAACGGAACAGAUGGGCUAGACGGGCUGCCUGGCACUCGAGGCGAGAGAGGUCCUCCUGGCUUCCCAGGAAUCGCCGGACCGCCAGGCGAGAACGGCGAGCCCGGAAGCCUCGGAUUCCCCGGACCCCCCGGCCCCCCAGGAGCCCCUGGACGGCAAGGCGAGUUAGGAAACCCUGGUAACACUGGGCCACCAGGACCUCCUGGACCCUCAGGCCUGCCGGGCAUUGUGGGUCCGAUCGGCCCUAAGGGCGACGUCGGCCCCGCUGGCAUCACGGGACUUCCAGGGCCCGCUGGACCCCAAGGAGAGCCUGGGGCUCGCGGUGUUCCCGGCGACGCGGUGCUGGUGACCGGACCCACGGGAGAGCAAGGGCCCCCGGGCUUGCCUGGACCUCCGGGAACCCCCGGCGCAGAUGGCGCAGCAGGACGACCUGGACCGGCAGGAGAACCAGGCGAGCGCGGUGCGGAGGGCCUGCCUGGUAGGCGUGGCUUGAUCGGCCCCAAGGGAGAGGAAGGCCGCCCAGGGCCCGUCGGACCUCAGGGCGAAGCAGGCCCGGCGGGUCCCCCCGGCCCCCCCGGCGCCGUGGUGAACGGCGAGGGCGGCGAAGGCCUCCCGGGCCCCGCGGGUCUCCCAGGCCCCCCCGGCCGGCCCGGGCCAGAGGGGCGAGCCGGGCGUGAAGGGCAACAUGGGCGCCACGGGCCUCGACGGAGCGCCCGGCCCGCGAGGAGACAAGGGUACGUGACAGGGGGCCCCCUGGGCUUCCCCGGCAUGGACGGCGCGCGCGGCGAGCGGGGCCUUCCCGGCGCCGACGGAGGCGUUGGCCUCAAGGGCGAGCCGGGGCUCGGCGGCGCCCGCCUCGUGGGCAAGCCCGGUGUCGUCGGGCUCUCCCGGUGGGUGCGCGAGACGCCCUGUGUCCCAAGGGCCCAGUCGCCGAAGGCUUAUACCAACGAGAGGACCCACCCCCAGGGACCACCUCAUAGGGACCCCCAGGAUUAUAUACCCACUAGGCCCAAUUCCAAGGGCGAGCCCGGACAAGUCUCAUUAUAUGAUAGGCUAAGCGCGGCGAAGCCCGGGCCCAUGGGUCGGCGAUUGGACCUAGGGGUCCCUGCAGUUAUAGCCCACCUAGGGGCCACCUUAGGAGCUUGCCUCACUUGGCUAAGAUUAGGCCCGCCCGGUCUGCUAGGUCCCGCCGGCCCGCCCGGUCUGCCCGGCUUCCAGGGCAAGGUGGGCGCUCCCGGACCCCCAGGACCCCCAGGGCCCCCCGGCGAAUCCGCCCACCGUGCGCCAAUCAGGUCGAACCACGAAGCCGAACCACCCCAUAGGCCCCACGACACGGACCCCUCAGGCACGGACCACUCAUCUUCGCAGCCUGGCGUGCGCGGCGCCGACGGCGAACGAGGUCCGCAGGGCAAGAACGGAAACCCGGGUCUGCCUGGACCUGCAGGACCCUCAGGGCUUCCAGGUCCGCCAGGCCAGCGAGGAUCUCCCGGAAACCCCGGCAUGCCAGGAAGUCCCGGCCGCGAAUACAGUGAGGCUGAGUUGCGUUCGAUCUGCUCUUCCGUGCUGAGAGAGAACCUGGCUGAAAUAGCCAAGACCCUCCGAGGCCCGCCCGGCAGACCUGGCAGGGGAAAGCGCGGCCCAGCUGGUGAACCGGGAGAACAGGGUCCUCCAGGAAACCCCGGCUCCCCCGGCGAGUCAGGCGAGAGGGGCUACUCCGGCUUCCCCGGCGCCGCUGGCCCGCAGGGACCGGCCGGAGAGCCCGGCCCGCGCGGGUACAAGGGCGAGCGAGGCCUCAUGGGCGAAGGCAGAGACGGCAAGCCAGGGCCGCCAGGACUACCAGGACCGCCCGGGCCGCAGGGCGUCGGGCUUCCGGGCCGCAUGGGCGAGCGCGGGUCGCCCGGCCAACCCGGACCCCAGGGCGGCCGCGGCUCCCCCGGACCCCAGGGGCCGCCGGGCCACUGCGAGUACUGCAACCCGCAGUCGUACCAGCCUUUCCAGGGGAACACGAAGGGCCCGUGAGCGACUCGCGCCCACGAGGCGGCGCCCACGACCCGGCUCGUCUCCUUCCGCUUUGUUGCUAGAGUUAGUUGACCCUCAGUCGUCCCUUCCUCUUGACGCAUAGUCCUUCUUCAAAUGACAGCUUUACUUAUGUUGCCACACAAAAAUGUAUGCUACUGUAAUUUGGAAAAAAACAAUAAAAUUUUCUUAGGUCUUGAAACAUCUCUCAAACUUAUGCUAAGUUAAGAUUUUGGAUUUUUUUUUUUGUCCCUGUAUAAGUUAUCUGUUAAGUGUACUCUUUCUUGAUGACAAUAUCAGCAAGUCUUGAUAAAAAAAAAACAGUUCCACAAAACAAGUCAGUUUCAGAAUACUUACUUCAUUCUAGAGUGAAAUAAGAGUAAACCAAGAAAACAUAUCACACUAAUCAAGUUUAUCAAGACAUUUUCGUCACCUUGAUAUCGGGAUGUUAAAUAUCCCAGCUAUCGUCACUGCCAUUCCCUAUGUUCUUAUAUUCUUAGGGUGAUAAGCAAAACAGAUGAGUGUGGGACUGCGCAACCUCCAGGUCUGAGAGUACGGUAAGCACCACGACCCCAAAAUAUGAACCAAAACGAAAAUAAGAGGUAUAAAAUACAAGAUAAAAACUGACAUACAAACCCCAAUAAAAGGAAAUCAUGAUAUCGAACUAUUCUGAUUGGUGGCUCUGAGCGCAAAAUAAUUUUUAAAAAAAGCAACAAAACAAAAGCCAAACGCAAAGCAACUAUUCAAAGACAAAGCCAGCAGGAGAAAGGAUGCUGUGCAAAGAUCAGUAACAAAGGAACUAACGAAGUAAGUCCCUCUUGUGUCGUCUCACGUGACCUGGACGACCACGCCCACAAAGUCAUCUGAAGGAACUCCACGCUGUGUUCAUAAUGGUGCUACUGCGGGUCCUCAUGCCUCGUACCAUGAAACUGCCAUCGUGUAUAUUCUGUGUUACUAACAUUUCCCCUGUAUAUAAAAAUUUUUGUAUCUAAAUUAAUAAAGAGUUGGCCAACAUAU